UCGUUCCAAAUACUUGGAUAAGAAAAGAAAAACAAUACCUCAUAAGGAUACUUAACAAGAAAUAAAAAUGGGUUUGAAGAACGUUGCUGUUUUGAAGGUGGCCAUGUUAGUCCUACUGUUAGCUAUAUCAACAAAAGCUUAUGCAAGAUCAGCUGAUAUGCUGAAUUUGUUUAAGCUCUCAAGCAAAUCAGGGUAUGAAGAGAAAAACAGACCAGGCGGCCAAGCUUGCUGCGAUACAUGCUUGUGUAGGAUGAGCGAACCACCACAAUGCAGCUGCGAGGACAUUUUUGUAGGCCAAGAGCGGUGCGAGUCGUGCGAGCAGUGCAUGUGCACCCGAAGCAAUCCACCGAAGUGUAGGUGCGUUGAUGUGAAGGAGUUUUGCCAUCCACCGUGUAUGUCUGAAGUAGCAUCCAUGAGGAUUAAUAUUCAGAAUAAUCAUGUCCCAACCUAUUAAACGUCACCGUUUAGUAGAUAUAUUUACUCUGUCUCUGUAACGUGCUCUAGUAGCCUCAAUGGCUGUUGUUGAGGCUUUUCUGAGCAAAAAUGUAGAACCCAGUUCUCUAUGAAAUAAAAAUCUACUUGGUACGUGUUUUAUGUAA